AGCAGCAUUCAUGGCGUGCCAAUAAGUCGCUAUGAUGACGAUUUUGCACGUAAACUCCAAAACUGUCCCUUAAUUAUUUGAAACCUGCAUGAGACAAGAGAGAAAAUAUGUUAGUGGUCAGAUGUACUGUCAACAACGGGCACAGGUUUAUGCAAAUAAAACGUGUCUUCUUUAUAAACGGUAGCAUCUUCGUCAAAUUUCACCUUUGAGCUUGUUCAGAUGACUUCUUUGGAACAGGAAGCUUAUAUUUAGAUCCAAACAAAUGUAUAUAAUAUUCGUAAAUGCGUUUAUGCACAUACACACACGUUUCUUUAUAUCCUUACACAUAUAUGAAUAUAUGUUAAGAUGUUUGCGAGUAAGCGGUUAUAAUCUAUUCAGGUGGCAUAAUCACAGAUGACAGGUGAAGUAGCUAAACAUAGAUUUGUGUAUGUAUCGAAAGAGAGUGACGGGAAAGAAAAUGCUGGUAAAUGUUUGGAUAAAAUGCUGACACCUACUCAUUCCCCCAGAAAACUAAUUGUCUUUUUUUGGCGAUUUGUCACGAUUUAAAUUGGCAAGAGCCUAGUGAGAGGACUGCAGAUACUCAUUGCUUCCCCAGACAUUGAAAUCUUAAGAGCUCGGUAUGUCUUUAACAACGAUUCUCUUAACAGCUUUGCUGGGUACUUGGCAGACAAGGUCUGCGACAUCUUUGGGAGCGAAGGACAUCAGUAAGAUAAUCCAUGGAGUGGAUUUCAGAGAUUCCACGAAACCUUUUCUCAAGAAGUUACCGUUCCUCCCAAUGAGGGUACAGCUAAAUUGUUCUUGCGCACGGGAAAUCGAAGAGAUCCGAGACCAACUUAAAUAUGAAGUGUCGCAACGUAUUGAAAUGCUCGGCACCAUUGAGUUGUUUAUUAGUGAAAUAUUUAAUCUGAAGACCCUUGUCAACUCGAAGGUCGUUCCUCCACCAGUUGAACCUAAAACAAUCCAAGCAACAGCAGCCGCAGAUUUUGAGGAAACAGCUUUCAGUAGCCGACUUAGUCAUCAUUUAACAAACUUGAAGCCAGAUCAAAUAGUCAUUUUUGACCAACUUCUUACAAACAUUGGAAGUGCUUAUGACCACACUACUGGAAUUUUCAAUUGCCCCAUAUCAGGAACUUACCAAUUCUUUGUGAAAAUCUUGUCGGGUUUCAAUGACAAAGUGGAGACUGCGCUUAUAGUGAACACCAUUGAAGUGACCCGACUCUAUUCUGGUGCCCAACAUGCCCAUGGGUCCAGCACAGCUCCUGUUAUCAUCUUAUUGGAAAAGGGGGAUAAAGUAUUUGUAAAAGCUCUUUAUCAGAAAUCCAGCCAUGUUCAUGGUGUCUACAGUACAUUUAGUGGAUACCUUCUCAGACCUAUCUAAGCCAAUCUAUUUUCUGGCUUGUCAAGAUUAGAUUUACAUUUUCAGGUCCACAGUACACUAACUUCAUUUACAUUAAAAUCACUCAAAAACAUAGCUUGGUCAUAAUAGAAGUCCUCUAAAACUUAAACACUCAUAGAGCAAAAAGUAAGCUUUCAUCUAAUUAAAUCUACAUGGAGGUUUCAAUCCUUGCUCAAAGCUAUUUCGUUUCACUUAUGUUGCUUUUAAUGCCCACAGGAAAGAUUCAGGGUCACAAAUUCUCUUUUCCUGAAACAGGGUUGGGUGCUUGAUCAACAGAAACCUAUAGUUUUGAGACUAGUUAUUAUUAGAUAAGCUAGCAUGGUCAGAUUAUAAACUGCUUCUAUUUUAGCCCUGCUAAGUUUGAAUAGCUUAGCUCCUUGGUCAAACCUGAUCAAGUAGAUCUAUGGUACUUAGGCUGUUGGUUUAAUGAAUGGUACUAUCUCCAGAUCUUUCGUUCCAGUUGUGAUACUUUUCCAAAACCAUAUUUUAAAGAGAUAUAUUUUUGAGAUAUGACUGAACUGAAAAUUUAUUUCUACUACAUGAGUUUUAAUGCACUUAUAAACUGUGCUACAGUCUUGGAGAAAGGCAAGUUAAAAAUUUCCCAAACCAGCUGAGAGGUUAGUAGCUUGUAUUGCAACAGUUACUACACAACUCUCAAAUGACCCAAUUUUCAUAACUGUAAAUAGUUGCCUCCGGCUUAAAGCAUAUCUGACAACACUGUAAAAUUAACAGCCAUUUUAUUAGUUUGGGAGGAAACUGGGCACUACCAAGGUGACUUGCCAGAGGUAUGAAUAUAUUGGAUGACCAUCCUGCUGCCAAUCUCUCAUAUAUAGAAUAGAAAUGAAACUAACUGUCACCUAUUAACUCUUUAGCAUUCAGAUUUCUCCAUAAAAUAUAAUGCUAAUUUAUUCACAUUGAUAUGAAUUAGUCGUGCAUUACCUUGUAGCUUUGAGAUUUCAAUGACAUGAUAAUUUAUAUUUAGAGUAAUAUUGCAGGGUAAGUGUGAGAGACUGGAUAUGGCCAGUUUGAAGAUAAAACAAGUAGAUUAUUUUGGCUGAUUUAAAUGCUAAAGGGUUAAAGUAAAUAGCAAAGACAAAAUGGUUUAGUGACAGAAAUGAUAUAUCUGAAAGAGAUCAGUGAUGCUCCGAUGAUGUAACUUAUAUCCAGAAGAGAUAUAACUUAUCUCUUACAAACACAAGUGGAAAAUGAUUAAAAUGGUAUAAAUAGAAAUACAGAAUAUGCCAUUAGUAUUCUAGUAAAACCCAUACAAAACCAGAGUAAAAUAUCUUUAUAUUUCUAGAAAAAUGUCUUUUUAUGCCUUCACAGCAUUCAUAUGUAGCCAUCAUAAGAAUGAUGAAAAUAUGUUAAAUUAAAAACUUAUUCACUCACUGCAAAACAGAAUUUACUGUUGAAAUGUUAUUAGUAGGAAUAAUGCUUUGUUUACCUUGUGAUAUUAGAACCUGUGGACAUGAAACUUAAAAACUGUUUUACAUCAGUUAAGCUGUAACUGAUAUCAGGAGUUUUAGAAAUAACAAUGUUUAUCUUUUCAGGGAAUACAGAAAAUGUUUUCAACAUUUACCUCAUUAAACAUUUUUGGAUUAUUAUGAAAAAUAUUUAAUAAACUUUUUUCAAAUUUG